ACAAAUUAUCUACUAGAACCAAUAAAUAUGAUUUAAUGGUAUAAAAACUCUUUACAGUAACGGCGCAUACAACUUGAACUCUAGGGAAAAAUAAGAAAGAAUACCUUUUCAGUUUUCACUAAAGGGUAGUCAAUUGUAAAUUGAGUUGAAGUGUCUGUCAUUAACAAUAUUCCCACAAAAGGCUGCUGGUACAAAACAUUUUUCUUUGUUAUCAAAUCAUUAGGAAAGUUCUAAAUGUCCUGCGUAAUCAAUUACGCACAAGAUAAUCAUAGUAUAGGACAGCAACCUCAAUGCAACAAUAUAAUAUACAAAUUCAGUAUAUUUCUCAAUACUUUUUUCCUGGCCCCAUGGUCCAGGAUGAUCAAUAGUGUUACUACUUGCCCUCCACCUUGACUCAAGCCUUCAACCUACUGGUUGAUGGUGGAGCUGUGGAGGUGCUCAACUAUUUGAGCAAGCCUUCCUUGUCUUAGAUUUUUCAAUACAUAUACAGAUAUACAGUGUUUGGACCAAAACUGACAGAUUUAGUCGUAUUCACUAUGCUAGACCCAUUUCUAGCUCACAACAUAUGGUCAGCAAAUACUAUAUAUUGAUUAAGUCAUACUUACUAGAUCCAUCAUAUAGAUAAAGAAAUUGAGCAAGAGAGGGAGAGAGAGAGAAAUCUAGCAAUUAAUGGAGGCCAAGAAGAACACCAUUAGUGUUCUCAUGUUACCCUGGCUAGCUCAUGGUCACAUAAAUCCAUUUCUAGAGCUAUCCAAAAAGCUUGCAAAUAGAAACUUCCACAUUUACAUGUGUUCUACGCCAGUAAACCUGAACUCCAUCAAGAAAAGAGUCACAGAGAAGUAUUCUCAAUCAAUAGAGUUAGUUGAGCUCAAUCUUCCGUCUUUGCCCGAUCUUCCUCCUCAAUACCACACUACGAAUGGCCUCCCACCCCAUCUCAUGAACACUCUCAAAACAGCAUUUGAAAUGGCCGCUCCAAAAUUUUCCGAAAUAUUACAAACUCUAAAUCCAGACUUAGUCAUACAUGACUACAAUCAGCCAUGGGUUGCUGAUUCGGCUUCCUCUAUGAAUAUUCCAGCUGUGCAGUUCCCCACUUUUAGUGCAACUGCUGUUGCUUGGGCCAUCCACAUGUCUGAAAACAUAGAAGAGAAGUUUCCAUUUCCUGAAAUUUACCUGCACCAAUACGAAAUGCUUUCAUUGAAGAAAGAUAUUAAUGAAGCACCAGAUAAGAUGUUCCCAUUCGAUGAAGCUCUUAAGCAAUCGCAGGAUAUUAUUCUAGUGAAAACUUGCAGAGAUUUUGAAGGGAAAUAUAUAGAUUAUCUUUCAAAUUUGGUUUCUAAGAAAAUCGUCCCUGUUGGUUCGCUAGUUCAAGAGUCCAUUGACCAAGAUGAUCAUGACGAGAUCAUGCAAUGGCUUGACAAGAAAGAAAAAGGUUCAACUGUCUUUGUUUCCUUUGGGAGUGAGUAUUUUCUUUCUAAUGAGCAGAUAAAUGCAGUAGCUCAAGGGCUAGAGCUUAGCAGAGUGAACUUUAUUUGGGUCAUCAGGUUUCCACAAGGUGAACGAAUUAACAGUCGAGAUGCAUUUCCAGAAGGUUUUCUUGAAAGGGUGGGAGAAAGAGGAAUGGUUAUGGAAGGAUGGGCCCCCCAAGCAAAAAUUCUUCAACACCCAUCGACCGGUGGAUUCGUGAGUCACUGUGGAUGGAGUUCUUUCAUGGAAAGCAUGAAGUUUGGUGUUCCCAUAAUUGCAAUGCCAAUGCACAUUGACCAACCAAUGAAUGCUAGGCUUGUAGAAUAUAUCGGGAUGGGAGUCGAAGCAGUGAGGGAUGAGAAUGGGAAGCUAAUGAGUGCAGAGAUUGCAAAGGGGAUAAGGAAGGUGUUAAUGGAAGAAAGCGGGGAGGGUGUGCGGAAGAAAGCUAAGCAACUAAGUGAGAAGAUGAACGCGAAAGGGAAUGAAGAGAUAGAUGGUAUGGUGGUAGAGCUGCUGGCCGUUUGUAACAACAAAUAACAAGCAACAAUCAAGAUUUAAAUUACUAUCUAGAAUGUAAUUUUACGCUUUGUAACUUGACUAUUGUAGCAAGUUAUUUAUCAUCUUCUUCAGGUACCAAGAUAUGUUUUC